CCACCCAUAACUCAAGAACUAUAUAUAUACAGACACAAAUCUCCUCAUUUUUCUACAAAAGACAGCAUUUUGGCGUAUAUAACCUGCCUAUAGAACUUGCUCGUCCCGAUGAACAAUAUGAGAGGUACGACAACAAUAUGAGAGGUACGACGCACUCCAUGAUCAUGAAGGAGAGUGCGAAGCUGAGGAGAAAGACAUAUGCACAAAACAAAAUAUGUAUCCCUCAACAAGAAUAAUAAUAUUCCUAUGUAUGGACUAUGGAAUGGUACUACAAUACGAAAUGCCAGCCUCUCACUCCCCUGUCUAAAAUGCAAAGGUAAUCCACAGGUUUUUUGCCAUGAGUGCAUGGACUGCAGAAUCUUCACAGCUCCGACAGCUCCUCCUCACCUGCUCCGACGACGGUGAAGACGAAUCUCCUCCAUCCUCCGACGACGACAAAGAAGAAUACGGACCUGCUCCGAUGACGAGAAAGACAAAGUCGAAGUUGCUCCGACGACGACAAAAACAAAGACGAAGACCUAGGUCAACCUAAGUAAAGCACCACACAACUCUAAUCCGUCGGGGGUAGGGUCGGGGGUAGGAUGGACAAGCACAUUGAUAUGUCAUACUGCCGCUUCGAGGGCUUCAAGGUAUUCGCCAAGAACUAGCUUUGUUCACUAGUGCUCCCUUUCAUAAACAAGAUGUAGAUUAUGUAUCACUUAAUAUAUUUUUUCCGAUAAAAAUGUGUUACUCAAGUAAUCAACUCCAAUGAAAUAAUAUUGGUUUCUUUUCUCACUUCCAUAUAGAGAUGAUGCUACAAUACUAAACGCUAACAUGAUUUGUAAGAACAGAAUGAAAACGGAGCUCCGUUUGCAUAUAUAUUUACAUUUCCUCGUUUCUCUACAAAAGACAGCAAUCUGGCGUAUAUAACCCGCCUAUAAAACUUGCUCGUUCCAACGAACAAUAUGAGCGGUAUACACGCCAUGAUCAUGGAGGAGAGUGCGAAGCCAAGGAAAAAGACAGAGGGACAAAACAAAAUAUGUAUCUCUCAACAGGAAUAAUAAUAUUCCUUUGGCUAAACCCAACCUCUCACUCCCCUGUCUCAAACGUACUGGGGAAAGGGAAUCCACAGGUUUUUUCCAUGCGUGCAUGGACUGUAGAUUCUUCUCAGCUCCAGCAGCUCCUCGUCACCUGCUCCGACGACGGCAAAGAAGAACACAAAUAUGUCCCGAUGACGACAAAGACAAAGUCGAACAUUGCCCCGACGACGACGAUGACGACAAAAACAAAGACUCAGACUCAGACUCAGGUCAACCUAAGUAAAUCACCACACCACUAUCCAGCAUUAUAUACACACAUAUGCAGGCGCUUCCAGUGCAGAUCCAGCUAUAGCAUUCCAACAAGAAAGCCUCAAUACACAACAUCAAGAGGUCCAGCCAUGGCGGCGAUGGUGGAGUGGUUGCCAUGGUUUGGAUCGGCGGUAGCGAGCGCCAUCUUCUUAUGGUCCAUGGUGCAGAACCAUGUGCCGGACACCCUCCGCCUCUACCUCGCCACCUUGGCUGCCAAGAUCACCGCCUACAUCAACCCUUACCUUGAGAUCACCAUCUCUGAGAACCGCGCCGAGCGCUUCCAGCGAAGCGAACUAUUCAUUGCUGUCGAGGCCUACCUGAGCGACGCAUGUGCCCGUGGCGCGCGCAGGCUGAAGGCCGAGCUAGGCAAGGAUAGCAAGAACAUCCAGGUCUCUGUCGACGACCACGAGGGGGUCACCGAUGACUUUUCUGGUGCCAAGCUCUGGUGGUAUGCCUCCAAGCAGCAAUCCAAGGCCAAUGUCAUCAGUUUCUACCCUGGCGAGGAUGAGAGGCGCUUCUACCGCGUCGUCUUUCAUAAGCGACACCACGACCUCGUCAUCGAUUCUUACCUGCCUUUCAUCCUUGGUGAGGGCCGCAACGUUACCGUUAAGAACCGCCAGCGCUGCCUCUUCACCAACAACGCCAACAACAGCUGGAGCCCUUACCGGGCCAAAAAGAGCGUCUGGAGCCACAUCCCAUUCGAGCACCCAGCGACCUUCGACACCCUUGCCAUGGACCCCAAACAGAAGGAGGCCAUCAUCGAUGACCUCAUGGCGUUCCAAAAGAGCAAGGAGUACUAUGCUAAGGUCGGCAAGGCGUGGAAGCGCGGGUACCUCCUUUAUGGUCCGCCCGGCACUGGCAAGUCCACCAUGAUAGCCGCCAUGGCCAACUUCCUCGACUACGACGUUUACGACCUUGAGCUCACGGCCAUCAAGAACAACACCGAGCUGCGGAAGCUCUUCAUCGAGACAACGGGCAAGUCCAUCAUCGUCAUAGAAGACAUUGACUGCUCCCUUGACCUCACAGGAAAACGCCGCAAGGAGAAGAAGGCCGCAGGCGACAAGGACUCGGAUGACAACGACAAAGCCAAGCUACCAAUGGAGCCAGAGAAGGACGAUGAAACCAAGGUAACGCUUUCGGGCCUUCUUAACUUCAUCGACGGGCUAUGGUCUGCGUGCGGAGGUGAGAGGAUUAUCAUCUUCACGACCAACCACAAGGAGAAGCUGGACCCGGCGUUGAUUCGGCGAGGUAGGAUGGACAAGCACAUCGAGAUGUCCUACUGUCGCUUUGAGAGCUUCAAGGUGCUCGCCAAGAACUAUCUAGACAUUGUGGGGCAUGGGCUCUUCAGCGAGAUCCAGAAACUCCUUGAAGAGACCAACAUGUCGCCUGCUGAUGUGGCAGAGAACCUGAUGCCCAUGUCCAAGAAGAAGAAGAGGGAUCCCGACGUGUGCUUGGCAGGCCUCAUCGAGGUGCUCAAGCAGGCCAAGGAAGACGCGGCAGCGGCAAAGGCGAAGGAGGAAGAGGAGGCCAAAGAGGCUGAAGCGAAAAAUGCCAAGGAUAAAAAGGAGGGAGAGGCAAAGAAAGACGAAGGGAAGGACAAAAUAAUGGAGGAAGCCAAUGGAGACCUCAAGCAAGGUGACGAGUGAAGUUACAGGAGUCGAGUGCUCCCUUACAAACACAGACGGAUGCAGUGUCUGCUCAAAUAAAUUAUAUAUCACUCAACUGAAAUAAAAUAAAAUAAAUAAAUAGCAUUGCUUUCUUUUCAGGAAAUGUCCGUUAUAAUGUUGCUACAUAUUAUGCUACAA